CACCACUCGCGAUGGGAAUGCUGACUGUGAUUACGCUGGUGGCAGUACUGGUGGAGUCUACCCUGGCGGCCAGACUGCCGCGGCAGGCGAAUCCCGGCUCCAGCGUGUUGGAUCUUGUGCCGCUUAUAGACGGCCACAACGACCUCCCGUGGAACUUACGCUCGCUGGAGAAAAACCAGAUCAACGACUUCGACUUCAACCGCGACCUCACGCAGGACCCGCGCUGGAACUGCACCUCGUGCUUCACCGACCUGCCGCGUCUGCGGAAGGGCAAGGUCGGCGCCCAGUUCUGGGUUGCGUAUGUGCCGUGCUCCUCCCAGUACAAGGACGCCGUGGAGAUGACUAUGCAGCAAGUGGACGUCAUCAAACGCUUCGUGGAUAUGUACCCGAAAGACAUGCAGCUGGUGUACACUGCCGAUGGCAUUGGAGAGGCUUUCGCGGCAGGCAAGAUCGGUAGCCUGAUCGCGGUAGAGGGAGGUCACUCGAUCGACUCCAGCCUGGGCAUUCUGCGUGUCUAUCAAGAGCUGGGAGUCCGCUACCUGACGCUGACGCACACUUGCAACACACCAUGGGCGGACGCCUCUCCCGUGGACGGUGAAGGUGGGACACCUGAACACAAUGGCCUCACUGAGUUUGGAAAGACGGUGGUGCGGGAACUGAAUCGCCUGGGCAUCAUGGUGGACUUGGCGCACGUGUCGCACCAGACGAUGAUCGACGCCAUCAACGCUUCCGUUGCUCCCGUCAUCUUCUCCCACUCGUCGGCGUACGCCAUCUGCCAGCACCACAGGAACGUGCGCGACGACGUGCUCAAGAUGGUGACCCAAAACGGAGGCAUUGUGAUGGUCAACUUCUACUCGGCGUACCUUCGCAAUGACGGUGCUAGAGGCACGAUAGAAGACGUUGUGGCUCACAUUAACUAUAUUCGCAACGUCGCCGGAGUGGACCAUGUAGGCAUUGGCAGCGACUUCGACGGCGUCUCAAUGGUGCCUGAAGGAGUGGAUGACGUCUCCAAGUUCCCCGCCAUUUUUGACAGACUCGCACAGCCCAAGGAUGGUGAACCAGAAUGGUCGUCCGAUGACCUCAUGAAACUAGCGGGCCUCAAUUUGCUCAGAGUGUUCAGUAAGGUCGAACAGGUUCAUCUUUCCCUGACUGCUAAUCAGCCGAUCGAGGACCUCAUACCAACUAACGAGAUACCGAACGACGCGAAAGCUUGCAGGACCGACCUCUAGAAGCGUCUGAGUCAUCCCGAAAGCAGUAUCAUGAUACACAGAAACAUCAUCGUGUAAGAAGCAGAAGGCAUCAAACUCACAAAGAAGAGGAGUUACUACUUUUGUUAGUUGUUUAUUAUUAUAUAAGAAUUUACUGUAUGUAUUACAAGUAUUCUGCUGUUAACAAUAUUAUACCGAUAAACAUGAGACCAGU